AUGCUGCUUUCUCCUUGGGCACUCAACUUCACCGCCACAACGACGACCAUCAUGUCUGGCGCUAUAGCAACACUCUUGGUGCUGCUCUGUCUUGUGGUCGCAAUCCGACACCUAACAAACCAAUCUGCUAUACCAGGACCCUCUUUCUGCUUAGGUCUGGGCCCCCUUCUCACUUACUCCCGGUUUAUCUGGAUGGGAAUAGGCACAGCCUGCAACUACUACAACCAAAGAUAUGGUAACAUUGUCCGGGUUUGGAUCAAAGGAGAGGAAACAAUCAUUCUCAGCAAGUCGUCUGCUAUAUAUCAUGUUCUUAAGAGUGGCAACUAUAUAGCAAGAUUUGCCAGUAAACAAGGCCUGCAGUGCAUUGGCAUGGAUGAACAAGGCAUAAUUUUCAACAGCAACAUCAUGUUGUGGAAAAAAGUGCGAGUGUAUUUUGCCAAAGCACUGACAGGUCCUGGCUUGCAGAAGACAGUUGGUGAGUGUGUCAGCGCCACAAACAAGCACCUGAGCAUCCUCCAGGACUUCACCGACCACUCCGGUCACAUAGAUAUCCUUAACCUCCUGCGCUGUAUAGUGGUGGAUAUCUCCAACAGGCUGUUUCUGAGAAUACCUCUAAAUGAGAAAGAGCUGCUUCUGAAGAUUCACAAAUAUUUUGACACUUGGCAAAUGGUUCUGAUCAAACCAGACAUUUUCUUCAAGUUGAAGACAAUAUACAAAAAACACGAAAGGGCAGCGAAGGAGCUGCAGGAAGCAAUGGAGGAUCUUGUUGAGAAGAAGCGAAAAAUGAUCAUUGAAACAGACAAACUAGAUGAGACCGACUUUGCUACAGAGCUCAUUUUUGCCCAGAGCCAUGGGGAGCUGUCGGGAGAUGAUGUCAGGCAGUGUGUGUUGGAGAUGGUUAUUGCAGCCCCUGAUACACUGUCCAUCAGCCUGUUCUUUAUGCUGAUGCUCUUAAAGCAAAACCCUGCAGUAGAGCAGCAGAUGGUGCAGGAAAUGGACACUCUGAUAGGUGAUCGCCAGGUAGAGAACAUGGACAUGCCAAACCUCAGGGUCAUGGAGAGUUUCAUCAACGAGUCCAUGAGGUUUCACCCAGUGGUCGACUUCAUCAUGAGAAGAGCUCUUGGGGAUGACUGUAUUGAUGGAUACAAGAUUGCUAAAGGGACCAACGUAAUCCUGAACAUCGGACGGAUGCAUAAAACCGAGUACUUCACCAAACCUGACGAGUUCAGCUUAGACAAUUUCAACAAAAACGUACCAAGCCGGUUCUUCCAGCCAUUUGGCUGUGGGCCUCGGGCAUGUGUGGGGAAGCAUAUCGCCAUGGUGAUGAUGAAGGCCAUCCUGGUGACGUUGCUGUCUCAGUUUACUGUUUGCCCACGUCACGGCUGUACUCUGAGCACCAUCCGACAGACCAACAACCUCUCCCAGCAGCCAGUAGAGGAGAAUGAACAAAGCCUGGUCAUGCGAUUCAUCCCCCGAGACAGGAACAAAGUGAACGUAAACACACAGCCCCAACAAAAUAUGGUCUAA